AUGGUCGCUUCUUUCGUUGUCGCCUUCCCGGCGGUUUUCGGAAUGGCGGAAGCUAUCCGACAUACACAAUCGCAAGCUCGGAGGAAAGAGCAUCGUAGCCGCAAGAACAACAUUCUUAUCGAUGCCGGAAAGCUUGAAGGAAAGCAUAUAGUUCUGUCUGACGACAAGGUAUCUAUCUAUCUCAUUCAUCUAAACACGUAUGAGAUCAAGUUCGGAACCCGUCCGUACGCCCAGCCGAACCUAACCGGGCCGUUCGAUUGCACCAGGCAGGACAAGCGGCUUACCUUUGCGGGCUGGGAGGGGUUCUUUGCCGUCAAAGCGGGCGAAUUUUGGGCGCUGUACUUUGACGUUGAGCAAGAUGGGUUGAAAUCGAAACUUGGCAAGGGUGUGGCUGCUCUCGAGGUGGAUCUGCUGCGGGUAGAGAUGCCUGUCAAGCCGGUGAAGCAGGAGGAGAAAGAGGAGCAGCCCGAAAGCAAAGACUCCGGCCGAGAGAGCAAAGAGAACAAUACAGAAACGAGAGGGCCUGAGGUGGAGCUAGAGUCUCCCGAGGCUGACUGA